AUGGCAGAGUUUGAUGACCAACACAGCAGAGUUCCCGAGUCGGUUUUUUUGGGCGUACUAUGGGCUCUCACAGGCACGUCGUUGAUCUUUGUUGUAUUCCGCAUCUAUGCCCAAGUUACCUCAUUCCGUCGACUAUUCCUAGAUGACUUCCUCGUUGUUCUCGCAUGGAUCAUUAUACUCACAGCCGCAGUCAUUUGGCAAGUCGAUGGGAAGGUUCUUUACGAGUUAUACGCGAUCAGCGCUGGCACAAAGCCAUUCAAUCUUGAAUUCCUGCCAAGGUACAAUACAUUCAUGCGCUUUAAUGCUCCACUUGAGUUACUAUUUUAUUCGGCGCUGUGGUGUGUCAAAUUCUCAUUCAUGGCAUUGUUCUACCGAAUCAGUGCCAAGGUCAAGUCCCUCCGUAUAUGGUGGUUCGUGGUCCUUUUCUGUACAGCGAGUGUCUAUAUUGCAUCGGUGGCCGAUGUCGAAUAUAAAUGCAGUUUCGGAGGGCUGGACUAUAUUAUCACCCAAUGUCCGCAACCUAAUCACGUUCACUAUGAGAAUCGCAUGUUCUGGGCCAACUGUGCUGGUGAUGUUAUCACGGACUUGAUGAUCCUAUCUAUUCCCUUCCUUGCCUUAUGGAAAACACGAAUCUCGCUCCGCAACAAGCUCAUUCUGCUCAGCAUUUUCUCAGCAACUAUCUUCAUUAUGGUCACCGCUAUAAUCCGGGUGGCCGUCGGGAUGACCUAUGACCGUCAGAUGAAUAUCGACUGGCUAUGUUUCUGGAGCUUUGUUGAGGUGGAUGUUGCGAUUAUUGUCUCCUGUGUCGCCUCUCUCCGGCAGCUCUUCGUCACCUCACAUAUUCAGAGCUCAUCUGCAAGGGGCGCUUACCAUGACACGAACGAACCUAUUCUGAAAAGGUCAAAAGAGGGUCAUAGCCAAGAUCUGUCGCGGUCGGUCGGGGAUGUCGAGUCACCCACAAAUGAUGUGGUGCCCAUGUCGCCCUUAAGGGUUGUACAUGUUCAUCAAGAUUUUGAAGUCACUCGUGCUGAUGCAAGCUGUACUAAUGGUGAGAAGGCAUGCAGACACCAGGCUAGCUUUGACUAG